AUGAGAAAUAGAAAUGAAUUUGGAUAAUCAUUUAAAAUGAAUGCUCAAAUACCAAAAAUAGAUAAAACUCCAGUUAAAAGAAGAAGUUGUGAAUGUUUAGAAUGUGGUUUAAUAAACAAAAAAAUGAAAUAUAUUGGAUCUAUUAUCUAAUAAUUUCAACCAUAUUUCAAUUUAGCAUAUAAAUUGUUUGAAAAUGAAAGAAAGAAUCAAGAAAAGUAAACUAAAAUUCAACAAUAGAAAUAAUUAAGAUUAAGAAAUAAGAGACAUAAUCAUAAUAAAGAUAUGUUGAAGAAAGCUGUCAAUGUAAUUACAUUUUAAGAAACAUUUACAAAUAAUAAUAGAAAAAGAAAUGUAGAAUUACCUCCUAUUAAUAUGUGUUCUUUAAAAGAGAUUAAAAAUAAUUAAUCCAGUAAUUUGUUAUCGGUUGUACCUUAAAGAAAAAUGUGGGAUAAACGAUAAACUACAAUAAAGUUUCAAUAUAAAUAAACUAUUGGUCAUAAUCAAAAAUGUUACUUACCUGCUACUCCAUUAGAUUCUCAUCUUGUUUUUAGAAUUAACAAAGUCAUUUAUUAAUAAUAUAUUUUAAAACAUCAGUAAGGAACUCUUGAUGAUUUUCAUUUUAAAUUAAGAAUCAAUGUUUUUGAUGAAAAGUUGGAACCUUUGCCUCUAAAACAUUAAUUAUUGGUUCCACCUAUUAGAUAAGAAGAAGACUAUGAUGAAGACGAAUCUAUAAUAGAAUCUGUUCAACAAAUGCCAAUUAAACAUAAACCUAAUAGAGAAGAAUAAUAUAAAUAAAUCUUGAAAUAUAAUAAAAGAAGUUUUGCUAAUUUGGUUGAAUAGGCCUAACUUACUGAAAGAAAAGCUAUUUAAAAUUUAAUUAAAAUUAGUAUAGAUAUACAUCUUAAAUAGGUAACAGUCAUAAAAUCUUACCAUUAAUAUUUGAUUAAUAACCGUUACCAAUUUAUAUGAUUCAUAGUAAUUAUUUGGAUGCUCAAAAGACAUCUAAAAGUAUAAAACUUAUUAAAUUAGAAAAGUCAUAACCAGCAAUCUUGAAGUAAUGAAAUUUCUAUUUUUAGAUCAUAAAGUUAACAUGUUAAAAUAGUAGCAACUAAUAAACAUAAAAAAAAUUAAACUGCUGGUUCAGUAUUGUUAAGAAUAUGA